UUCUUUUAAUUUUAACGAAAGUGUCUAUCUGUUGUCUGUCAUAUGAUGAAAAAAUAGGUGACAAAAGAUUUUCUUGCUGCGGACUAAUUUUGAUCAAAAAUUAAAAGAAUUUUACCAAUAAUAACGAUAUUAUAAUCACGAAAACGGGCCCAUUUGCUAGUGGUUUUAUUGGAUUAGUUUAUUUUCAAUUUUUCUUGGUUUUAGUGCUAACCAUAGUACAAUGUGUAUGAAAUAAUAUAUAGCUUAGAUUUGGAAGCAGAGCUCAUGUCAUCUCUACAACUAACCGUAUUGGACUAAUAAAGACAACUUAACCAAAUACAUAUUUAAUUAAACAACGCGAAUAGCUAUUGUAUGGCUGUUCGCUAAAUGGAUGUUUUGAACCUGUAAUAAAAUAAAUAAUAAUUGCGUAGAAUUCUCGGACAAGUAAAAGAUGAGUGUUAUAAUUCGUUUGCAAAAUUUGCCGUGGUCGGCAAAUGCAUUGGAUAUACGGCAAUUUUUCAAAGGUCUCUCAAUACCGGAUGGAGGUGUUCACAUUGUUGGUGGUGAAAUGGGCGAUGCUUUUAUCGCAUUCAGCACCGACGAAGAUGCUCGUCAAGCAAUGAUGCAUGAUCGUAAAAAAAUCAAUGAGGUUCAAGUACGUCUAUUGCUUUCGUCGCGAGCAGAAAUGCAAAAAGUGAUUGAAACUGCACGCCAGCAAUCUCUCCAAGCCCUCAAAAAUGCUGGUGCCGUACCAGCUAUCAAAGCCACUGUAGUCCCAUCGACCUUAUCCAAUCCGCAACCACCGGUCAUUACUCAAAAUAGUCUACAUAAUAUACUUUCGAGUGCAGCACCAUCAUUUUUGGCAUACCAAAAGCAAGCUGGCAUCACACUUGUGGAAACGCCAAAUGAGCCCAACAUUAAUGAAUCCGUGAGUACACAUCGUAGUAGCGUUGAAAAAACUCGCGAUCGCCGCCGUUCUACAUCACGAGAUCGUCGUCGAUCGCGUUCACGUGACCGAAUCGAACGUAAUGAUCGUAACGGUUCACGUCGUGGUCGACGCGAUAGAAGUCGCUCUCGAUCGCGAGAUCGCGAUUGGAAGAGUCGACGAUCUAGCCGACGUUCAAGAAGCCCAGAUCGUGGUCAUGACAGAAAUAGAGAUCGCAGUCCAGAUCGUAGUCGAAACUCCAGCAGAAGCAAUAUGAACAGCAGAGAACGAGAAAGUGGAAAUACCCAAUCUAAUAAAUCCAGCACAGAUUUACUCGGUACCAAAUCGCUUAGUAAGAUAUUAGACACAAAUGAGAGUGCUAGCGCAAAACUAGGAAGUAUUUCGCCUUGGGGUAUACCUGGCAUCAACUCGUAUCAAACAAACAGUUCAGACAACAUUGGUGGAACAUCUACCAACAGUUCUACACCAUUUUCAAUCGCUGGCUCCAAUACCAGUAACAUUUUAAACCCAUUUAGUGUGGGGACUGCCAUUCCGGGUUUACGAGGUUCGCAGUUGGCUAAUUCAUACACUAGCAGCGUUGGCAAUAAAAGUCCUGAUUCUCAGUCUAACACGAGCGCCGUGAACAUACCAGCAGGCAGCGUCAUGCCACCAUUCCAGAGCUACUCCUCUUCGGUUGCGACACCCAAUAAUUACAGCAUACAUUUGUUUAACUCUAAUUCGAACAGUAGUGACUCACCUAAGACCUUUGCAUUGCAAAAUCCCUAUACGACGGCGAUACAACAGGCCACAUUGAAUACAAACUCAACAGAUUCAGCCAGCGCUGAAAAGCGUAGCCCCACUCAACAGAACACUAGCACAAUGUUCCCUGGCCUUAGCUUGAUUGAUAAGAAGCCGGAUGUACCUUUGACGCAAGGUAAUCCAACGGCAACAUCGACGUCUAAUUUCUCGUCAGUGAGUCAAUUGUCACAAGAGCCCAUCGCAUUCGCUAAUACCAACCCUUAUGCCCAAAUGUAUCCAAAUCUGUUCGCACAGGCCGCUGCAGCCAGUGUUGCCAAGCCAAGCAACAUCUCACAGAAAUCAACAGAGCCGGAAACACAACGUUCUAAAGAGCCGGUAAAAGGAAGCUGCUGUAUCAAGGUUAGCGACAUGUGUGCGAGUACCACAUACAGUGAUGUACGUAAAUUCUUCAUGGGUCUCUUCAUCCCACACAAUGGAAUCAAAAUGGUAAACGAUAAGCAUGGUUUGCGAAUCGGCGUAGCGUAUAUAAAAUUUUCACGAGUGUCCAGUGUACAUAAAGCGUUAAUGCGUAAUAAUUCCACGCUUAAGUCGAAAGCUGUCAAAGUAGAGAUGGUAACUGAUGAGGAAUUCGACGAGGUGGAGGACAGUUAUCGCCCCCAGGGACGAUUUGACCGUAACAAUGAUCGUGGAGACCGCAACUAUUCCGAUAAUCGCGGAGAUUAUGAUCGUAAUGAUGAUGACAACGACGAUACGAAUACUCGUGGUGACCGAGUGCCGAACUCCGACAUGGAAUUGAAAUCGGAACCUUUUACUGUACUCUAUAUUGAAGAUAUACCCUCAUCGGCGGUUGAGCACGAUCUUAUGCGCAUGUUCUCCUCUUACACCAUUUUCGAUAUUUUAUUAACACCUAGUCGUGAAAAUCGCCGAGAAUUCAAAGGGCAUGUGCUCUUCUCACGUGCCGAAGAAGCGAAAGCAGCUUUGGAGGACAAAUCACGGCAUAUGAUUGGCUACCGCAAAGUGCGUGUACGCCCAGCUACGGUCGAUGAAAUGGAAAGAGAAAAAGAGAAACUACGUUUGGCUAAUGAGCAAUUGAUGAAAGAAGAAGAAGCACUCGCCGAAGCGGAGAGAUUGAAAGAAGAGCAAAAUCAAGCUGAAGAUGAUAUGGAUGUAGCGGAUGACACGAGCAGCCUGGCUUGCACCGAUGUUAAUAAUGACAUGCAAUUAAACGAAAAAACAGAACGUAAUAGUUCAACCGAUUCUAAGAAUACUAAUAUACCUAGUCUUUUCGAUAUUGAUUCAAUGAGGGGUGACGAUAAUAUGUCAAGAGGUGGUAAUACACCAAGUGAUCCCCGUCUGCGUCGACAGAAGCCAAGCCGCUUUGAACCUUUAAAGCCCACGGACGAGAUGAACCUGAACAUGAAUAUCGGCAACAAUAUGGGUAUGAGUAGUAAUAUGAGCCAAAGUAGCAAUAUGAGUAUGAGCAGCAACAGGGGUAUGAGCAGCAACAUGGAUAUGAACAGCAACAGGGGUAUGAGCAGCAACAUGGAUAUGAACAGCAACAGGGGUAUGAGCAGCAGCAUGGAUAUGAGCAGCAACAUGGGUAUGAGCAACAACAUGGAUAUGAGCAGCAACAUGGGUAUGAACAACAACAUGGGUAUGCACAACAACAACAUGGGCAUGAACAUGAAUAAUGGUGGAAAUUUCAUGGCGCCGAUGAUGAAUAACAACAAUAGAAACAUGAACAGCAACAAUAUGAUGAACAACUCAAACGGGAUGAAUAAUUUCAUAAUUAUGAAAAACUGUGAUUAUAAUACCCGUAUGAAUGACAUAGCUGAUCUCUUGCAGGGCGCAUUUUUGCGUCUCAAACAUAUUGAACCGUUACGCGGUGAACGCAAUAUGCCAACCGGAGAAUUCAUUGUCGAAUUCCAAGAUUCUCGUGAUGCAGAAACCGCCUUACAUCAAUUCAACAACACCACAUUUCGUCAACGAAAACUUCGUAUACGACCGAUCAUGCCACAGGAGAUCGCUGACAAAAUUGGAAAGCCUUUCAUGAAUUGUUACCCUGGUGGUGGUGGUAGUGGUGGUGGGCCAGAUGGCCGACCAUUCGACAGGAAUCCAUUUCAGGGAAAUAAUAAUGACGGACCACCGAUAAUGAAUAUGGGCGGUGGCUCUGGUGGGCGCUACGGCAAUAACAACAUGAACAACGACAACAACAAUGGCCGUGGCGGUAUGGGAGGUAAUAGUAAUGGCGGUGGUUCAAUGAUGAAUCGCGGUGGUCGCGGUGAUCGCGGUCACAACGGUGGCUAUCGAAGUGAUCAUUCAAGUGGCGGAAUGCGCAAUCGUGGUGGUCGCAGUAACAACAGCGCAUCAAGUCACGAUGGCCACAAUUCGGACCAGGAUGACGAAAUACAAAUAAUUGAUGAUAGCAGCAACGAUGUUGUUAUUAGUGGUGGUAGUGGACCAAACCGUGGUGAUGGAGAUAGUAGUGGCAUACCGGAAAAAUUCACACGCCCCGGCUGCGUGAUAGCCAUGGAAAAUGUGCCCUACAAGGCCGAGCUUAUAGACAUAUUGAAGUUUUUCGGUGGUUAUGAUUUAACUCCAGAUGAUAUUAUAAGACGUUUCAAUGACGAUGGCACACCGACAGGCGAUGCACGUGUUGCGUUUGAAACGCCAUCGAUGGCACGUUCGGCCUACAAUUCACGGCGAAGAAAACAGAUUUUCAAUCGCACCAUACGCUUGUCAUUGCUGUAGGACAGGGAGUACUAAUUUCAGAAGGGUGGCUGUAAAUAUGGGAUAGAUUACGUUUAGAUUUACGCAUACACAUACAUACAUAUGUACAUACUUAACCUAUGUAGACUAAAUUAUAAUUUUAAGAUUUGCUUCAUACCAUACUCAAUAUUUGUAUUUUGUAAAUACGAGACAACAAUAGGGGUAUUCAGACCAGCUUUGUUAAUUCGUUAGUCGUUACUCGGUAGUUUUUUACGUGGGCUUUGUUUUUGUAAAAUUAAAAGAUUAUCGUUUUACCGAGUAACGAAGUACCAGACUGGCAAGCAUGAUAGUUUUUUCGUUACUUGGUAACAUCACUCAGCUGUUUUGUUUGCGUUGUUGCCUCAAAAGUUAACUUAAUUCAUUGCAAAAAAAUACAUUUGCUGUCUACUACAAAUUAGUUUCUGACAAAUUUUUCAAAAGUAAGUAUUUAAUAUAAUUGAAUCAGCUG